UAGCUCUCUGCCUAUCUAUUUUUCUUGCUAGUUCCUUUUUCUCUCUGUGAUAGCUGUAGACUUGAACAGAAGAUCCUCUACUUUACCUAGCUAGUAGCUAUGCAGGCCAUCAAAUGUGUGGUGGUUGGUGAUGGAGCUGUCGGAAAAACAUGCCUCCUGAUCAGCUAUACAACCAAUGCAUUCCCUGGUGAAUAUAUACCUACUGUAUUUGAUAACUACUCAGCUAACGUGAUGGUGGACAGUAAACCAGUGAAUCUGGGGUUAUGGGAUACAGCUGGGCAGGAGGAUUAUGACCGACUGAGGCCUCUCUCUUAUCCACAAACUGAUGUAUUUCUAAUCUGCUUUUCUUUGGUGAGCCCAGCGUCCUAUGAAAACGUUCGAGCCAAGUGGUUCCCAGAAGUGAGACACCAUUGUCCCAGUACUCCAAUUAUUCUAGUAGGGACCAAGCUCGAUCUUCGUGAUGACAAGGAGACCAUCGAGAAACUGAAAGAGAAGAAACUGUCACCAAUCUCUUAUCCUCAAGGGUUGGCUCUAGCUAAAGAGAUUGAGUCAGUGAAAUAUUUAGAGUGCUCAGCUCUCACUCAGAGAGGUCUAAAGACAGUUUUUGAUGAAGCUAUUCGAGCUGUGCUGUGCCCACCUCCUUCUCGACCCAAGAAGCACCCAUGUAAUAUUUUGUGAGCAGGAUAUCAGAAGAGAAUUUUACAGAUUUUGCCAGAAGAAGCAUGUACACCACUAACCAAACUUAUCAGUAUGGCAUCACAACAAAUACCCAAGUUGUUACUCAUCCCCCAUGUUGCCGCAUAUUAUCAGCUGUUCUGCUACAUGUUUGUAUAAUAUGUAAUUGUUUGCUUCAUCCCUUUCCCAAAACAUUUUUGUUAACAUUUUAUUUUAUUUCAAAAUAUAAGCAAUUCAAAAAUAAA